CAUAAUUUAAAUGAGCCUUUAUAAAUUGAGUCAACAUGCUAGUUUAACUCACAGUUUGACUCGAGACAUAACAGGAAAAUGUCGUGCAAGACUGCCCUACUGUGUUUUAUCGCUGUUACAGUAAACAAUGGUAUUGUUAAUGGAGAAAAUAAGGUCUCAGUUCCGCAACCAAAUGAAAGCAGUCCUGUUACAAUAACGCCCUCUGGAGCCAUCCGCGGCUCUUGGAUGGAGACUCGUCGUGGGCGCCGCUUCGAAGGGUACCGGGGUAUUAGAUAUGCAGAACCACCGGUUGGAGAGCUCCGCUUUCAGCCACCGAAACCAAUCCACCAUUACAAGACAGAAGUAGACGCGAGAGAGGAGGGACCAGCCUGCCCCCAGCCAACAGAGGGCGACUACUACAUCGAUGAAGACUGCCUGAGGAUUAACGUUUACACACCAAACAGUAAAAGCAAGAAACCUUUACCGGUGAUAUUCUACAUGCACUCAGGUGGUUUUUACUCGAUAUCAGGGCGAAGCGAUGUCGCCGGGCCCAAAUAUUUUCUGGACCGAGACGUGGUGCUAGUCACCAUCAACUACAGGCUGGCCUCACUAGGGUUCCUUAGUACGGGCGAUGAAGUGGCUCCAGGAAAUAAUGGUUUCAAAGAUCAGGUGGUGGCGCUACGUUGGGUGCAGCGAAACAUCCGUGCCUUUGGCGGAGAUCCUAAUCUCGUCACCAUCACUGGCUGCAGCGCUGGAUCUUUCAGUGUCAUGCUUCAUAUGAUCUCCCCUAUGUCUAAAGGUCUGUUCCACCGCGCCAUAUCUAUUAGUGGGUCACCCAUCUCCCAAGUAGCAGACACUCACGACCUGAAGUAUCUAGCAGUGAAGCAAGCGGAAUUAUUAGGAUGCCCUACUAACAGCUCUAAAGUCAUUGUCGAUUGCUUGAAGACAAAGACCUUUAGAGAAAUCGGGAAUUCAUUAGAAGGUUUCUUCCUUCCCGGGUACGAUCCAGUCCUAGUGUGGUCACCAGUGGUGGAAUUGGACUUCGGACAGGAGCGGUUCCUCACGAUGAAACCAGUGGACGCGGUCCGACAAAAGAAGAUGCAUGCAGUGCCGUUUAUUAUAAGUCAAACACAAGCAGAGUUCUUCUGGAAAGCAUUCACUGUACUCAGAAACCAAACAAUUCUCGACUCGAUGAACGCUGAAUGGGAUAGAUUAGCUCCAAUCGCGUUCAUACUCCCCAAAGACAAGACAGCAAUACCUUCAGCCAACCGUCUGCGACAGGCAUUCUUAGAUGGGAAACAGCUGGUCAAUGACACGUUUACAGCAGAUGGACUGGGGAAGUUGUAUGGUGAUUCUCUUAUUGGAUUUGGUGUACAUAGAAUGGCCAACCUGAUGUGCCGGCACUCUCCCCACAAAGUGUAUUACUACGAGUUUGCGUACGUUGGCAAUCAUAGCCAUUACGAAGACCCUACCACUGGAAAACCUAUAGUGGCAGCCCACCACGAUGACCUGAUAUACCUGUUCUCGCUGCCGGCCUCGUUCCCUAUCAUCAGCGCCUCCGAUACCCUCGACUCACUAUUGGUGGACAGGAUGACAGCCAUCUACUACAACUUUGCUAUACAUGGAGAUCCGAACCCUCACGGAGAUGGAUUCCCCGAGCUGAGCUCACUGCACUGGCCGCCCAUGACGCCCUCCAAACGCGAGUACCUACACCUCGGCAGCCAGUUCCAAGUGCGAGAGAGACUCUUCGAAGACAGAUUUAAUGUUUGGGAGGAACUUUAUCCUAUACAAUAUUAGAACUGUCUAUAUCUGUGAUUUUCUAUUAAUUGAAAUGUUAUCUAUUGUGAAACAGCUGUGCUUACAGGACCCUAUAAUGGGUCUAUAAAUUAAUAGAUAAUAGUAUAUAUAUAUAUAUACUUAUUUCAGCCGUUAACUGUCCACUGCUGAACAUAAGCCUUCCCAUAAGAGGAGUUUUGCCAAUAGUUGCCACGCUUGGCAGGCGGGUUGGCAACCGCAGUUAGGCUUUUAGAAAGGUUUUAAGAAGAUGUUGCCAAUCCCUCGUCUAUAAAUAAUAUAUAACUGUAUAUUAAUAUGUGAAGCAAAAACUUUGUACCCCUUUUUACGAUAAUUGCGUAGACGGAGGACCAUGAAAUUUCGCACAAUUAUAGUUUAUAUUAAGAAGAAAUGCAGAAAGCUAAUAUAUUUUAUUAGUUAUGCAAAAAAAUACAUUAAAUCAUUAAAAAUAA